UCAGCAUUUGGUUUUCCUUACGGCGGCCCCGCGCCCCGAAUAAAAUCUCGCCGCUUUGCGUCCGCCCACCCUUUCCUCUUUUGCCCUAUCCGUUUCUUUCCCUACAAUCUUCCUUCAAAUCCCAGUAGAAGCAAGAACAAGGACAUUCUUCUAAUGGUUAUUACUCCGAGAAAUCUAAUACCCUUUUGCCCAAAUGGGUAUCUCAGCGGAGAAGGAUUUAGGUUGGGCUUUCGUUGGGGAGGGGGGAAGAGAACGAGAUCGUAGAGACUGAGGCAUUGGAAUUUGGAAAUUUAAAGCGGUCCAAGCAUUGGGGUUUUGAGGGGGAGGUGAAGGAGAUGCCGAUGAUGAGCAAAACCCGGAACGUGUUGGAAGGGCUCGUGAAGGACGGGGCGUUCAAGUGGGCGCUCAGCCGCCGGAACUCCUUCGAUGAGGAGUUCGAGGAGAUGGCCCGCUCCCCCUCCGGCAAGCGCAAGUGGAUUUCCGAGCUCUCCCCCAUGGCCAACGUCAUCGUCGGCCGUUGCUCCCGAAUUCUUGAAGUUUCUAUGGAUGAGCUUCAGCAUAACUUUGACAAGGAAGCAUCUGAGUCCAUAAAACACCCAUCAAAUUAUGCAAGAAAUUUCUUGGAGUACUGCUGCUUUAGAGCACUAUCUCUCUCUACUCAAGUCACAGGCCACCUCUCUGAUAAGAACCUUCGCCGCCUGACAUUUGAUAUGAUGUUAGCCUGGGAAGCUCCUGCUGCCGCUAGUCAGCCUUUACUCAAGGUGGACAAGGAGAGUACUGUUGGGGUAAAUGCUUUUUCUCGAAUAGCACCUGCAAUCCCCACCGUUGCAGAUGUAAUUACCUGCUUCAAUCUUUUUGAUGUGCUUACAACUUCGACUGGAGGUCGACUUUCAUUUGCUAUAUAUGACAAAUACCUUGGAGCACUAGACAGAGCAAUAAAAAAAAUGAAGACUCAAUCAGAAUCAUCUCUUCUUUCGGGUCUUCGAUCAGAUAGAGGAGAAAGGAUCCUUGAUUUGGAUGGAACAUUGACUACCCAACCAGUACUUGAACAUGUAGGAAUUUCUAUAUGGCCUGGAAGAUUAACACUGACAGAUCAUGCUCUUUACUUUGAACCUCUACGAGUUGUAACUUAUGACAAAGCAAAAGUAUAUGAACUUGCAGAUGAUUUGAAGCAGGUUAUCAAGCCUGAGUUGAGUGGGCCAUGGGGUUCACGUCUUUUUGACAAAGCAGUCAUGUACAAAUCAAUAUCCUUAUCAGAACCAGUGAUCAUGGAGUUUCCAGAGCUUACAGGUCAUUCACGUCGCGACUAUUGGCUAGCCGUUAUGCAAGAAAUUCUUUAUGCCCACAGUUUUAUUAGAAAGUUCCAAAUAAAGGGUGUUGAGAAGGAAGAAACACUGUUGAAGGCUGUACUAGGCAUUCUGCGUUUACAAGCUAUUCAAGAGGUAGUUCCUUCAAUGCCCAUAAAAUGUGAGGCGCUUCUAAUGUUCAACCUCUGUGAUCAGCUUCCUGGAGGUGACCUGAUACUAGAAACACUUGCUGAUAUGAUGUCUUCUAGGGGGUUGGAUCGGGUUAACCAAUUCAGUUCUGGAAGUGGAAUGUAUUCUAUAUCUGCUCUAGCAAUCUUGUCAAAUCUGGGGGUGGUGUCUCUAGAUGCUAAUAAUGAAAGGCUUCUUGUUGGCGAACUAGUUGUAGGGCAGAUGAGUUCCUUAGAGAAGGCUGUUAGCGAGUCCCGGGAUAACUACAAAAUGGUAGAGCAAGCAAAAGCCACGGUUGAUGGAGUUAAAGUAGAUGGAAUUGAUACCAAUUUGGCAGUGAUGAAGGAGCUAUUAUAUCCUAUGAUUGAACUGGGAAAAAUCCUCAUUUCUUUGGCAUCAUGGGAUGAAUCUCUCAAGUCUUUGGCAUUCUGUUCUUUGUCUUGUUACAUAAUUUUCAGGGGAUGGCUAGGUUAUGUGCUGGUUGUGGUGCUUCUCUUUAUUGCAAUCUUCAUGCUGCUUACUAGAUUUUGUAGUCAAGGCCGGCCAAUCAAUCAUAUUAAGGUGAUGGCCCCUCCGGCAAUGAAUACUAUGGAGCAGCUCUUGGCUGUUCAAAAUGCUAUUUCCCAAGUUGAGGAGCUGGUCCAGGAUGGGAAUAUCAUUCUCUUAAAGUUACGAGCCUUGUUACUCGCUGUGCCUUCUCAGGCAACAGACAGAGCUAUACUGGUGCUUGUUCUAAUGGCCUUGGCUGUAGCCUUUCUACCUGGUAAACUUAUCAUCUUAAUGAUAUUUCUGGAGACAUUCACAAGAAACUCGCCUCCAAGAAGGUCUAGUACAGAGAGGUGGACAAGGAGAAUAAGAGAGUGGUGGUUCAGCAUACCAGCUGCUCCUGUAGUACUUGAACGGGACCAAGAAGAUAAAAAGAGGAAGUGACCUUGUAUAUAAUCAUGUAUGCUUAAUUGUUUCAUGUAUCCAUAAAUAAGAUUUUUUUCUGAUUACCUACAUCAACACCCCAACGUACAAGGCAUGGAAAUAAGAAGACAAAUAACAAAAAGACAUUUUCGAUUCACAUUACUGUAUUCAGCUUAUAUGACAUUGCAGUUACCAGAGGCAUCUUUUUAACCA